UCCCUUGGAAUCAAUCGAACCGAUUCGCCCCCCUCCUCACUCACUGUCGUGCUUGCCUAUCGUCUCCGCUCCCGGUGCGCAGCCGGCGAGCCGCAGCCGCCGCCCCCCUCUCCGCGCCGGCGGCCUCCUCCGCCCUCUCUGCCGCCAGUCCCCGGCCGAUCCCAUCGCCAGUCGGCGGGCGGUCUCCCCGCGGGUGGGGUGGGGGCGGGACGGACGAUGAAGCCGGUGGUGGGGAUCGUGGUGUCGAACAAGAUGCAGAAGUCGGUGGUGGUGGCCGUCGACCGCCUCUUCCACCACAAGAUGUACAACCGCUACGUCAAGCGCACCUCCAAGUUCAUGGCGCACGAUGAGACCGAGGACUGUAACAUCGGCGACCGGGUUAAGCUUGAUCCUUCUAGGCCCUUGAGCAAAAGGAAGCACUGGGUUGUUGCCGAGAUUCUUCGUAGAGCUAAGGUGUAUUCUCCAUCAGCUGCUGCAGCAGCAGUUUCUGCUCAACCUGGUGCCACAGUUCAACAGGCAGAAGCUGCUAGCAAAUCAUAAACAUAGACUCCUCUUCUGCAAUAAAUGGACACUUUUUCGGGAUUUUCUUUUAUGUUGUGUAACUGUAGUAUCAUCUUUGUGGCUCCCUUCAAAUGCACUCGUGUUUUUGAACCAUGUGAAUGGUGGUUAUCAACUCACUGAGGGUGCAUCUUCAAAUACUUCGAAAUUCAUGGAUGCAACAGACCAUAUCCAUAUGUAGAACGGAAUCUUCUAUUAUGAAUUGUAUUCAUCCAUAUAAAUGUGUACAUCGCAGGCACGCAUGAAGCGCUUAUUAGUCUUUCA